CAUACUACAGAUACUUGAGUAUUAACGACGUCAACGACAAUCCCCCCGUAUUUACCUCGAAUCUUUACCAUCUGAGUAUUAAAGAGACGACUGCGCUCAACACGAAACUAACAUCACCGGUUAAUGCAACUGACAUGGAUAUCAGCAUAGACAAUAAACGAAUUGUCUUCAGCAUAUUGGAAGGUACUUACAGACCUUAUUUCGUGAUCAUUGACACAACGAAAACGGAUCUCACCCUUGUAAAAAAGUUGGACUUUGAAACUUUACCUCAGUUUAACAUCACCAUCAUGGCCAGCGAUGGAAUAUUCAACACAACUUGUAUACUGACAAUUGACGUGGUGGAUGAAGACGACCAGAACCCGGUGUUUAACGCCUCCAUGUACAGAGGAACCAUAACAAGUGACGCUGUAGCAAAUUCUACUGUCCCCAUCAACCCGCCAAUUUUCGCCUACGAUCCUGAUGUGACACUUCAUGUCCCAGUUGUCUACUCCUUUCAUGACUCAGGUGUUCAGACAACACCUGUCCUGGAAAUUGACCCCCAGACAGGUGUUGUUAAAAUGCUGGAGAAGCCAACAGGUGAUGAGAUCUAUGUCCUAGUCCAGGCAACCCAAACAGACAAUCCAUCAAGGUAUGGAGUUGCUUUACUAGCUGUGACUAUCCAGGGCAACAACAUCAGUGCACCGGUGUUCACUAAGUCAGCAUACAAUGUUGUGGUGACUGAGGUGUUUCCUAAAGGUGAGGUGGUCACCUCAGUCAUGGCAACAGACAGUCAGGGGUCUCCAUUGAUAUAUUAUCUCUCAGAUCCAGAUGGAUAUUUUUCUAUAGAUCCCUACUCGGGUGACAUAAUUCUAGCCCAAGAAUUUGGCAUCAAACGUCAGUUUGUGUUAACCGUUACAGCUAGCAGUGGUAAACUGAACUCAACGGCAACUGUCACAAUAAAUGUUUUGCCUGUGAUCUUGAAUCAAAACCCACCCAGAAUUUUAAACUCUGUACUUAAUGUGACCAGUGAGAGAAAGAAAGGGAAUGUACUCAUUGUAAUUAAUGCAUCUGAUCCAGAUGAAGGCACAGAAUUAUCAUACAGAUUACUCAAUUUUAAUAACCUGUUCACCAUCAACAAAACAGGGGCGAUCACCAUCAUAGCUGAGCCUGGAGACUUAGUGUACAGCUCAUACGCUAUAACAGUAGUAGUCUCUGAUGGGGGACAACCCAGCUAUGAAACUGCUGCGGCUGUUAAUGUUAUCUUCCCCUCUGCUGUGGUUCCUGUAGCUGCUGCCCAGAUAGAAAUGGACACAACGCUGGUCAUUAUAUUGGGGGUCUUAGCUGCAAUCUUCCUCAUCUGUGUGGUCAUUUUAGUAGUUUAUAUUUGCAAAAGGAGAUUAAAGGACAAAGAACAUUUAGACAGAGAGAAAAAAGCAAGGCCCUCCCAACAGGCUACACCCUUAGCAUAUAAACAGAAACAGGGGGCGCUGGGACCACAGGCAAUGGAUAAUAUAUUUCUUGAAAAUUCUGAUGGUGACAGUGGAAAUCAGGAUAAUCCACUAAAUGGUGUUUCCAAGGGUUCUUAUUUUAAUUUUGUUCAAGAUGACCAUGAUACUGAAGCUGAUAUUCAUGAUAGCGAUAUUCAGGUUGAAACAUCAGUUUUACCAUUUGAUAAUUCAGCAUUGUAUAUACAUAGUGAGGGUAAUGACAAUACUGACAACAACAGCAGCAUUUACAGUGACUACAGUUAUCAACCAAAUAAUAAAAAUUCCUUAAGUCCAUUUUACAGGAAUGGAUCUUUGAGUACAUUUAGAGGCAGUACGGACAGUGACAUCAGCAAUACUGGUGUCCCCUCAGAGAGUGCCAAUAGUAAAAAGAUGUUGCUGCCUGGCUCCUUAGCUAGAACAAAACUACCAGAGGAAAGUGGGGAAAUAUGGGAAAGAAGUGAUCCAACUUUAGGUGCCAUUUAUGUCAAUGACAACCUUGAUGCAGAUGCUAGUGUUGUUCCCACGGCCCAAAAGCAAGAACUUACAGUUUAUUUUUAGUUGUUUUUUUUUCUUCAAAAGUAAGCAAUUUAUCAUGAUA